AUGAUCGCCUUUCGCAACACCAUCAUCGCUGUGGUGGUUAUCUCUCUCUUUACGUUUAUCGCCCUAUUCGGACGACUGCCCGCUCUACGCAAAACUCCCAUAGGCUUCAGUCACAGGCUGCUGUGCAUUUACGUCCCGAAUGGAUUCCGUCGGGUUGAUGCACGUUAUACUGGCGGCCGUAUGUCGCGCAGUAUUGCUCGACUUACACAUUAUCUUUUUCAAGAGAAGAACCCGCUCGUUCUACUUCUCUUCCUCACACUCCUGACAGGCAGUGCGACCCUCUUCCUCAAAGCCGCCCUGCCACACCUCGAGACCAAGUUCAUCCUACCCAUACCGAUCGUAUUGCUCGCACCAUAUACCUUUACCUACCUCUGCGUCACCAGCACCGUUGACCAUAUCACUCCUGCCAACCAUGCCGCCGCUAUGCGAACAUAUCCCUACGACCACAUCCUCUUCCGUCCUGAGAACGUGUGCCGCACCUGCAAUUUGGUGAAGCCUGCCAGGAGUAAACAUUGUUCGUUAUGUGGUGUAUGCGUCGCUCGCUGCGAUCAUCAUUGCGCCUGGGUCAACAAUUGCGUCGGCCGCCAUAACUACCGCUGGUUCCUGCAAGUCCUUCUCAGUAUCGGCAUUGUGGAAAUCUACGGCGCAUAUCUCUGUUGGCACAUUCUAUCUCCACACCUGCAUUUGGGUAACUCCAAGUACGGCUGGUUGGAAAAACAAUACUGGGCCGAGUUGGGCAAUGCUUUUGUGUUUGCUAUGAGCAUUGGUGGUAUUGGUAUCUCUGGUGUGGGUUUACUCGCCGUUACAACCCUGCCAUUGCCAUUUGCGUUGUUCGGAUACCAUGUCUACCUCAUAUGGGCAGGUAUGACGACAAAUGAAAGUGCCAAAUGGGCAGACUGGCGCGACGACAUGACCGAUGGUGUAGCAUGGAUAGGCAAGAAAACCAGUGGCAUCAAGAAUGACGAACUUGCCUCAGAGUCGGAAGAAGAGGAGGAAUACAUCCCAUGGCCAAGGAUCAGUGAUCAAGUCCUCGUCAGCACCACAGACGGAAAGGCUCCCACAGGCCAGGAACAUCUGUGGGAAAAAGCCACAAGCUUGGAUAUGGUAGAGAAUAUCUACGACCUUGGUUUCUGGCGUAACUUCAUCGCUGUCUUGCAAGGGAAGUAG